UCGAUAUUGAUUUUGCGCGGCAACAGCAUCAGUCCAGCCCGCAUGAGCCUCAGUCAAGGACGAACCUUCCCCUCCACCUGACCCUAGCAGCCUCAGUCCACGACGACCCUCCACUCGACCUGACCCUAGCGCCUUCACCUUGACCUACGGCCUCAAAAGAUAACAUUAUUAUCCAAGAAGAAGAACAUUGUUGAAGUAAAUGUUGAAAACAGUCCAAACCCCCUUCUCGCACAAAUACUACAAGUCGCUCAAGACAUUCAGCACGCCACCUAUGAACAUCUCCCACAAAUACUACAAGUCGUUCAAGAAAUUCAGCACGCCACGUAUGAACAUCUCCAACAAAUACUACAAGUUGCUCAAGAAAUUCAGCACGCCACAUAUAAACAUCUCCAACAAAUACUACAAGUUGCUCAAGAAAUUCAGCACGCCACGUAUGAACAUCUUGCACAAAUACUACAAGUCGUUCAAGAAAUUCAGCAGGCCAUGUAUGAACAUCUCGAACGAAUACUACAAGUCCCUCAAGAUUCAGCAUGCCACCUAUGAACAUCUUGCAUGAAUACUACAAGUCGCUCAAGAAAUUCAGCAUGCCACCUAUGAACAUCUCGCACAAAUACUAUAAGUCGCUCAAGAAAUUCAGCAUGCCACCUAUGACCAUCUCCCACAAAUACUACAAGUCGCCCAAGAAAUUUAGCACGCCACCUAUGAACAUCUCGCACAAAUACUACAAGUUGCUCAAGAAAUUCAGCACGCCACCUAUGACCAUCUCGCACAAAUACUAUAUGUCGGUCAAGAAAUUCAGCACGCCACCUAUGACCAUCUCGCACAAAUACUAUAUGUUGGUCAAGAAAUUCAGCACGCCACCUAUGACCAUCUCGCACAAAUACUAUAUGUCGGUCAAGAAAUUCAGCACGCCACCUAUGACCAUCUCGCACAAAUACUAUAUGUCGGUCAAGAAAUUCAGCACGCCACCUAUGACCAUCUCGCACAAAUACUAUAUGUCCGUCAAGAUUCAGCAUGCCACCUAUAAACAUCUCCCACAAAUACUACCAUCGCUCAAGAAAUUCAGCACGCCACCUAUGAACAUCUCCCACAAAUACUACAAGUCGGUCAAGAAAUUCUGCACGCCAUCUAUGAACAUCUCGCACAAAUACUACAAGUUGCUCUCGAAUAAAGAGAACCUGACGCACGAGGAACAGUGCUGUCCAACAUUCCCAGUUUUUGGUUGGCGACUUCACUGUCGGGACUCUAACAAUCUCUGCCUAUAA